GUAUAAGUUUAGAAAGUUGCUAGCAUGUUUUGCAGUAGCGUGCAUGUUUGGAAAGAUAUGACGUCUCUCUGAAACUGUCUUUAUCUACGACUGCAAUCCUUCAUCACUUGCCUUGCCAGAAAAUAACAGAUAUUCUGAGGAGCCGACCAAAAAUCUCGACAUUCUGCGAACUGUGACAUAAUAAAAAUAUACAAAUGUAUGUUUAACUGUAAACAACACGUACAUUUCAGUUUUAGCGAUUGUGCUUUCGCGUUUGGGUUGGUUAAUUUACAACUGUCACUCUGCGUAAUUGAAUAGAGAAAACAUUUUACCUCUAUCAGCACCCGUAGUUUAGUACUAAAAAUAUGGCGACGCCCUUGAUGUGCAUGUUGUAUACAGGUUUGAGGUUGUGUAGGUCCACAUUCCCUGGCACUGGAGUUCGACUGUUCAGCUGUGGGGCGGUUCAACAGGCUGGAAGCAAAUGGAGGCUUGAACAUGGAAUGGCGCGAAGUAACUCAGAGUAUGGACCAUUUACUGACCUUCCAGAUUGGUCAUUUGCAGAUGGAAGACCAGCACCCCCAUGUAAAGGAGAGUUAAGGAGAAGAAAAGAAAGGGAAGAGUUUGCUCGUAGGGUGGUAAUGCUGAGUCAAGAAGUUGAUAAGGGGAUGGAAACGUGGCAACAGAAACAGCAGAGCCUUCAGCAAGCAGAAGAAGAACAAAAAGCCAACCGUUUAAAACCCAAAGGGCAUCACCUCCUUACAAAGAAAGGAUAAUCGGUCUUAAAGGCGUGUACUGUUUUCUAUCAGACCUGCAUUUAUCACCUCUUUCCUAAUGAGUUCUAAAAAUUCCUAUAUGCAGAGGCGGUUACAUUUUUACUCUGGCAAAUAAAACUAUGCCACCCAUGGUUAUAAAUGGGUGGGAUAUUUUACUUCUCUAAGUCUGAAUAUGGCCACCUUGAUUUAUCUCUUAAGUUAUUAAAGAUGUUGAUAUUCCUG